AUGGCGAAGAAAAAUAAGAAGACCGCUGAGCACAAAGAGCGUGUUGCAGCGAAGCAAUCAAAGAAGACCGCACAAAAGGAGAAAAGGUCUAAAGCAAAGGGAAAAGAUAUAGACAGUGAUGCAGAGGAUGCCGAUCUGGAUGCCAUCCUCGCUCAGUAUGCAGAGGAACAGGCUAGAUUCUUGAAGGUGACUGAGACUCCCUCUGCACCGCCAACACCUCGGUCAUCAUCUACCAUAAUUGCAUCCCCUUCCAAUCGGAACGAAUUGCUGCUAUUUGGUGGUGAAUACUUUGAUGGGACCCACGCAACGUUUUUCAAUAAUCUCUUUGUUCAUCUCAUUGAUCGAGGUGAAUGGAGAGAAGUUAGUAGUCCCAACAGCCCACUGCCCCGUAGUGGUCAUGCUUGGUGUCGUGGAGGCAACACGGGUGGUGUAUACUUGUUCGGAGGAGAGUUUUCAUCUCCCAAGCAGGGGACAUUCUAUCAUUAUAAUGACUUUUGGCAUCUUGACACCGGAACUCGAGAAUGGACUCGUAUCGAGACCAAGAGCAAAGGUCCUCCAGCCCGCAGCGGGCACCGAAUGACUUACUACAAAAACUAUAUCAUUCUAUUUGGCGGCUUCCAAGAUACUUCCCAGCAAACCAAGUAUCUGCAAGAUCUUUGGAUCUACGAUUGUCAGAAAUACACCUGGUUCAACCCUACAUUGACAGCUGCGUCUCAGAAGCCAGAUCCACGUUCUUCCUUCUCAUUCCUUCCACAUGAAACUGGAGCAGUUAUUUAUGGUGGAUACUCUCGAGUGAAGGCUGCCGGUGGUCCUAGUGGCAAGCCGGGCAAGGGACCCCAGAAAAUAUCUCUGCGGCCUAUGGUCCACCAAGAUACCUGGUUCCUAAGAAUUACUCCUCCAGAAUCUGAUUCAGGAGCAUCAGUCGGACCUAUUAUCCGCUGGGAGCGGCGGAAAAAGCCGGCUAACACGCCUAACCCGUCACGUGCAGGAACGACCAUGGCGUAUCACAAAGGACGAGGCAUCAUGUUCGGUGGUGUUCAUGAUGUGGAAUUGACUGAAGAGGGAAUCGACAGCGAGUUCUUCGACAAGCUGUUUGCAUGGACUACCGACCGAAACCGAUUUUUCCCAUUGACUUUACGUCGUCCUCGUGCGCCUGGAAAGAAGCAGCAGGCGAAUCAGGGCAAUAAGACACGUAACAGAGGAAAGGCGGACGAAGAAGAACUUUUGAGGAAUCUCAAGGCCUUGGAGGCUAAGGGUGGAAUUCGUGAGGAUGACGACGAUGACGAUUUCAUGCAAUCGAGUACACCGAACACGGAAGAACCUGUUGAGCCUGCCAAGCCGGCUGUUGUCCGAUUCGAAAUGCCACACAGGAGAUUCAAUGCUCAGCUCGCCGUGCAGGAUGAUACCCUGUUCAUCUAUGGUGGUACCUUUGAAAGAGGGGAUCGAGAGUUCACGUUUGACGAUAUGUACUCAAUUGAUCUAGUCAAGCUUGAUGGUGUCAAGGAGGUCUUUUACAACGAGCCUGAGAACUGGAAUCUCUUGGACGAUGAGGACAGUGACGAAGAUAUGGAUGACGACGAAGAUGACGACGAAGAGGAUGAAGAAGAAGGCGAUGCCAUGUCUUUGGAUGCCUCCUCAACUGCUCCUACAGACGCCACAGUGCCGUCUGUAACCCAGGAUUUGCAGCAGCUUGAAGUUGAGGAAGAGCAAGACACCGACGCACCUGCUGAUACCAGGCCACUGCCUCGCCCCUUCGAAAGUCUACGCGAGUUCUUCACCAGAACAUCCGAAGAAUGGCAAAAGGUACUGAUCGAACAUAUGAAAGACAAGGGGAUAUUUGACGAGAAGACCAUCAAGGAAUUACGCAAGGACGCAUUCGACAUGGCCGAAGAGAAAUGGUGGGAUAGCCGAGAAGAGAUCAUGGCACUCGAAGAUGAGCAAGAGGCAGCCGGCAUUGGUGAAGUGGUCAGUAUGGCCGACCGGACUGAUAACAUGGGUGGUGCUGGUCGUCGUCGAUGA